AUAUCGACGUUUUGUCAUCACUCAGUUUCAUUUUGCGUCGUUUAUUUGCUGCUGCACAGUUUUCGUGUUUUUGUUUUCCUCGUUGUUUUCAGUCCUCGAUAGAUGAUCCGCUGCACAUAUUUCCAAUUUAGUUAAGCUAAAAAGCUGGCAAAUCGAAAAGUCAUAUUGUUUUGCUGCCAUAAACUGCGAAAACCCCCGCACCCAGAACACUCAAUUCUCAAGGAUAUUUGACGAGGGUCUAGGACAACAGCAACAACAACAACGAAGAGUCACAGAUACAGACACAGAUACAUUAUAGAGUAACAGAUAAAGAUACAGCAAAAUGUCUGUCGCUGGAUUGAGACAGAGCCUUCUGCUCUGGAGUGUUGACUACUGGAAUUUGGAAGCAGUCAUGGCGGACAAUGUGUUCAAGUCGCACGAUAUCGGAUUACGCGCUCAAAAGAAAAUACUCUCACGCAUGGCAACGAAAAACAUAGCGAAAACCUUUAUUGACGGCACAACGGCUUCGCUGCUGGAUAAUUUGUACAAGCUCUGUAAGAUGCAUACUGGCAACAAGGCGCGCGCUGAGAAACUCAUCAAAAACAUCAUCAAAAUUGUCAUUAAAAUCGGAGUGCUGCACCGCAAUAAUCAGUUUAGUCCCGAGGAAUUGCAAAAUGCGGAAAUCUUUAAGCGCAAGUUUCAGAACACGCAAUUGUCCAUCAUAUCAUUCUAUGAAGUGGACUUUACCUUUGAUUUGGCAUAUCUGCAGAAGUCCAUACAGGACUCGCAUGUGGCGCUCAGGUCCAUUGUGCAGCCACAUUUAACGGAUAAAUCGCUGGGCCGCAUCGAUGAGGUGUUUGAUUUCUUUGGCGACGCUGUGCUGUUGGAAACGGCCUUUAAACCAGAUUCACCAUAUCGUGAGGUUAUGGGCAAGAUUGUGGCGGAUAUUAACUCGGCCAUGGAAACGGGCGACAUAUGAGCAAAGAAAAUUGCACGCAGUACAAGCUAAUGGAAUGAUGAGGGGCUAUUAUCAAACCAAAAACAAACAGGAUAUCCUACACACAACAUGAGAUACUAACAUCUAGUUGAGAGCAACAAAUGCUUUGCCUACCAAAUGGUGUGGAAAACAACAAAAGAACAACAACACUCUUUAGACAACAAUGAUUAUUUUUAAUUGAAUUGGUGAUAUCACUCUAUAUUAACAUUUAUUAAGUAGGAGUCGAGAAAACACA